AUGCAAUUGCAGUCGUCUAACUCUUAUCACAAGAACGUCGCUGGAUGGCUCACAAACAAUGCUGGAGUUGAAUUAGUUCAAAAGGCUGAAACCAUCGCCGACAAAUUGUCAGCAUACAGUCACCUCUUCUAAUAAGAUGCCAUGCAAAAAUUCUAAUCCCUUGCUGAAGUCAAAAGAGAUGGCACAACUGGGAGAACAACAGACUUAUAAGCCGAAUUAGAAGCAACCCUUGCUACACUCUAAGAAUAAGAAAUCCAUGCUGCUUUCGCUCUUGCCAAAUACGUUUCAGAUACCAAUGCCGAAGUUGCUUGGUUGAACUCAGAACACGAAAGAAGAACAAACCUUGUUGAAAAAUUAGAAACUCAACUCCCAGCAGUUCUUGCUUAAUAAGCCAAAGCACUCAAAUUAUGGAAAGACUCCUUGAAUGCAGUUGCUGGUGCCACCGCCGAUUUAGAAGAAAAAAGAGAAUUCUAUGCUUCAGAAACAGUAAGAAGAUAAGAGGAAAACGCCAUCAUCGAUGUUGUCAUCUAAUUAUUCAAGGAUCAAGUUAGAGCCUUAGCCUCAUCAACAUCCCUUGGUAGAAAAUGAUUAGAUUAUAAAAUAUUCAAUUUAAAAAUAUCCACCAAGUUAAAACUA